AUGGCCGACCCAUUUUUGUGGGAGCAUUGCGUGCUGGGCUUCACCCUCCUUGGCUAUGCAGUUCUCUCAAUCAAUGCCUACAUCAAUCGACGCAAGCGCUUGCGGCUGUCCGAGCAAUCGAAGACGAUGUCAGAGUGUGAGAAGUGUUCAGUAGAAAUCGCCAACAGCCUGCUUCCCGAUGUCAAAGUACCAGACUACCGCUUCAAGGGCAUGCACUUGAAGAUGUCCGGGAUUCGCAUCGGCUUUGACCACCUGGGCGUGAAGCUCAAAUCCACGGGACGGACCAUCCUGGAAGGCGUCAGUGGUGAAUUUCGCCCCAAGAGGGUCGCAGCGAUCAUGGGACCCUCUGGCGCCGGGAAGACGACCUUCUUGAACGCUUUGUGUGGUCGGGCCACCUACGGCACCACUAGCGGUUCCAUCCGCAUCAACGGACAGAGCAGCAGCAUCGCGGAGAUCAAGCAGCUUCGAGGUUUCGUUCCACAGGACCGCGGAAAAACCGCGUCGGUUUGCCUGGACGAGGCGUUCCACGUCUCCGUGUAUUUUUGUUGGCUGAACGUCUUGUGGGAUGACAUCGUCCAUGAACACUUGACCGUGCGAGAGCAGCUCUACUAUUCUGCGCGUUUGCGCAAUGCGGAGGGCACUCCACCAGCAAUGAUCAACAACAUCGUUGAAGAUGUGUUGAACGUCAUGCAGCUGCUGGAUGUACAGCACAGCCUGGUUGGAGAUGUGGAGAAGCGUGGCAUCAGUGGAGGACAACGAAAGCGAGUGAACAUCGGUUUGGAGCUUGCAGCACGUCCUACCAUUUUGAUGCUGGAUGAGCCGACCAGUGGCUUAGACGCCAGCACUGCUUUGGAGAUCAUUCGCUCGGUGAAGCGGCUCACCGCCAUAGGUAUGACUGUGGUGAUGGUCGUGCACCAGCCGCGCUACUCCCUGUUCACACUCUUUGAUGAUUUGCUUUUGCUUGGUCUUGGUGGCCGAACGGUCUACUUGGGCAAAAGUGAGGGCGCGCUUCCCUACUUUGGACUCUUGGAUUGCAAAUUGGGCUUUGAGAUGCCCUUGCACGAGAAUCCAGCGGAUUGGUUCAUGGAUGUGAUCUCCGGAAAGGUGAGGAACGAGAAGAAUCCAACUUUGCAGCCAAGAAAGUUGGCAGAUGCAUGGGCUGAAUUCAUGACGAAUUUGUUUGAUUCAGGUGACUUGGAGUUGGGACCGGAUGCAGCUGAAGGGCCGAUGGACAGGUUCGCAUUCACGAAGGCUUUGGAUGCUAAACUGUUCAGUGCAGGAUUUGGAGAGAAUGAUGUGUUGAGCCAGGAGCAGUUCGUAGACUUCCUAGACUUCUUGAAGGUAAAGAAGCCAACUCCUGCAGCAUGGGAAUGUCUAAUGGAACGCAUGGACUUUCAGGACGGCUUUAUCACUCGGCCGAGGUUGACCUCUUUCCUUCAUGCUUUGACGUUCUCCUUCUCCCAGGAUGCAGGCAAAUCUGAAGGGGAUUUCACAUCCUCUGAGGCCUCAAGCAUUUCCAUAGGCUCUUCCAAAGAGAGCUCCGUGAGUGGAAUUCUCACCAGCAAGAAGAUUGGACGUCGUGGGCGCUUUCUGAUCCAGUACCCCAUUUUGCUCCAUCAGAAUAGUAUCCGUUGGGCAAGGGACUGGAAGCACAAGCUCAUCAGCACUGGUCUCAUCAUGUUCGCAGCCGCCGUGUUUGGGGGACAAUGUCGCGAGAAGCUGAUCCCCGAAAACAUUUUAUGUCCCCUGAAGAUCAACAUCUCCCAUCUCCCCAUUGGGACCCUGAGCGGAAUAGCAUGUCUCCACAUCUUCGGUUCAGAUCGGCCUUUGUUUUGGCGUGAGAGUGCCAGUGGAGUGGGAGUCACUGCCUUCUAUCUUGCCAGAGUGACCGUGUCCCUCUUCGAUGUGCUGGUCUGGUGCUAUUUGUACACAAUCGUGUGGAUGAUCUUUGCUGAAGCACCUUGCAGCUAUUGGAUGUGGCUGAUUGCAUUUCGGAUGACUGCGGUCAGUGCCAGUGGCGUGGGUGUCUUUAUGUCGACCCUGGUGCCGAAGCAGAACUCGACUCUUGCGACUGCGGUGCUCCUGCUGGUCAUGGGUGGCGCACUCAGUGAACCUCAGGUGAUUGCAGAAGCCGAAGGUCUCAGCAGUGCAUUGGCAUUCCUAUCUCCAUUCACUUGGUCUCAGGGGGAGAACUACUUGGCGCUGAUCGAGGUCAGUGGUGGAGAAGAGGCCGUGGACUUUUAUGCCGUAAUGAUCGUCGACGGCUACAAGAAAAUCCUACUAUGCUUGGGUGGAAGUGACCUGGGCUACUUGACCUUGGCCUAUAUCUUCUGCGGUGGCGCUAUCCGAUGCAGACUGCUCCUGCAGACCGAGGACUGCGCUCAAAAUGCGCCCUCCUAG